AUGUCACGGGAUACGGACUUUUCGAUUAUCUCACCUGUGGACGAAGAUAUGUAUAGUUCGAAUAGAAUUGAAGAUGAUCUCUUUUUUCCGGACCCUAUCGACGAUCAAAAUUUCCAGAGGAACUUUAAUGCCGUCAAAGUACAGGUCCAGGAACUUUCGCGCGUGAUUUCCGCGUGUCAAUUGUCGCAAGACCCAGGCACUAAGUUGCAUAAAAUUCACCUUGAGGCCAAACAGCUCAGUGAGUACAAGGACCAAGAAACACGCAUCGUUGGAUUCAUUGGUGAAACUGGAGCCGGCAAAAGCUCCGUCAUCAACUCUAUACUCAAUCAGAGAGGUCUCGCACGCUCGAGUGGUGCAGGGGGCGCAUGUACUUCCGUCCCUAUGGAGUAUCGAUAUGUGGAUGAAAAGCAUCCACGCGCCUAUACAAUAGAAGCCGAAUUUAUGGAUGAGAACGAAGUCAAUAGUCUCCUCGAAGAGCUUCUGCGAAGCAUUCGACGAGCUUCAAUUCCGACUGAGCGGAGUCUUAUCGGCGGCGAAGACUGGGCGGAGUACGAAGCAAUGGGCAAAAGGUCGCAUGAAACCCUUGAGGCAAUUUUCAGUGACCGGUCAGAUUUGACAAUUGAAUUCCUCUCGCGCCCAGGAGCAGAAAUCGAAAUUGAGAUUCUGCAAGAAUUGAAAGCUUUGGCCUUGAAUCGACUGUCGUUCCGGCCCGGGGGUUUGAGCUCGCUACAAUAUACUGCCUUCGCAGAUGACAUGGAGAGCUGUAAGGAUAAACUGGACAGUUUGACUGAUAGCCCAGAGGACAGUGAUGUGCCUGCCCUGUGGCCUUUUAUCAAGUUGAUUAGAGUAUUCCUUGAGCUUCCUGUGCUGAAGACCGGUCUAGUGCUCGCGGACCUACCAGGAUUGCGCGAUAUGAAUCAUGCCAGGGUGCGAGCCACGGAACGGUAUCUUGCUAGAAGCUGCGAUGAGGUGUUCAUUGUGACUGGAAUUCUUCGAUGUGUUUCGAACCAAUCGAUUUUUGAUACGAUAAAGAAGAUUGGAGGAAGCAAACGUAUACGAGUGGAAAUCUCACCGGAAGAGUCUGCUCGCGGCACUGGUCCUCAUGCCAUACGCAUAAAGGAUAUGAACGCAAAAGUCAACAAGCUGGAGAGCAAGUUUAGGCGCGUAGAGCGCCAAUUGCAAGAAUCACAGAGCCACAGAAUAGCAGAUCGUGCUAUUCUAGAUUCCUUGGAGGAUAGUAUACAAAAACUUCACUACGAGCGACGAGCUCUUCUUAUGAACCAACGAAAUGACUCAACAAAGAGAGACCUGACAAAGGCAAUAUGCAACAAUCAAAAGAAUCAAUCCAAGGAUGUUGAGGUAUUUUGUGUUGGUAAUGAGCUUUAUGGAAAUCCUCCGCACAGAUUGGCAGAGGAAUACAGAAGCCUCAGCGGAGUUCGGGAGCUUCGUUCAUAUUGUCGAUCCGUUCCAGCAGAGGGAAGGAUGGACUCCGCUUUGGUCUUUAUCGAAAAGCAAGUACCUGCUCUGCUAGAUUCCAUUCAUCAGUGGACUUUGACAGGUCGUGAUUCAGUGAGCCCCGCAGGAGCCCAUGAGCUCCGAAGCGCAUUGGAACAGGUAGAACAAAGACUACGCGAGAGUUUUAUCUUGGGCCGGGGACAUCUGGCUCUCGUGCAGAGUGGAUUGCGCUCUCAAUUUGAGACUCAAGUAAUGAAUCAGCUUCGCCCUUCUCAUCAAAUCGAACUAAAGAAAGAGUUUCUUGCAGUCAGCCAGAUAUGGGAAACGCUUCAUUGGGCAAGUUAUGCCGCAUUCUGCCGGAAGAACGGCAACCAUAAGAUCAAAGAUGAGGGACCUCGUUGCUGGAACAAUGAACUGAUGGAGAAAGCACGGCCUGCGUUAGACCCAAGAUGGAAGACUCUCGAAGAUUGGUUGAUGUUUCAGAUGGAUACACUGCGCAGUGACAUCUCGACAUCUUUUCAGAUUGUCUCUGACACACUUCAAGGCAAGAUUCUCUCUGAUCAAGCCCCGCAUUAUUUACACUUCUUGCUGGGAUGUGUUCUGUUUUGCUGA